AUGAAAUUCCUCUACACUCUUCUUGCAAGCGCCCUCUUUGCAGUUGUCAUGGCGGGCACUCCACUCAAAUCCGUCAUCAUCAGCUAUCCUGAAAACACCCCUAAUUCGGUGAUCGAUAUGGCCAAGAAAGCCAUCCGGGACGCUGGGGGCAAAAUCACCCAUGAAUACUCUUUAAUCAGGGGAUUCGCAGCAAUGGCACCGCAAGUAGCCUUAGACUCUGUGAAAGCUUUCGAGACACCGUAUCCUGCGACAAUCGAAAACGACCAAAUAGUCACUCUCGAUGAUCCGAACGACCCAAAAUUUGGAGACUCAAAGUUCGCGAUAGGGGGUUGA